AUGGAAGAAGGGUUGCAACAGCAGCAGAAGGGCUCCUCUGUUUAUAAUCAAGCAACUACGGAAUAUGGCUAUGGAAGUUCGCUAGCCUACGAUCAGUCCGAAGACAUUGAAUCUGCCGCGAGGAAUGCUCUUCUCCGAGAACAAGACAUAGAAACGCAGAAGAUCAUACAAGGUCAAAGAGAGGCUGGGACUUCAGUAGCUGAAGACAGUAACACCGACAUUCUUCGCAAUCGUGCUGACCCCAAUGCGCUAAAGGAACAUUUGUUAAAGUUCACUGCAAAUCACCGGGCAGAAGCAGCGUCGAAGCGUGGGAGUGUGAGUACAUGCGGAGAAGGUAAUGUGGAUGUUGGAAAUGGUUAUGGUAUACCGGGUGGAGUUGCUUACGCUGGCCACUCCGAGAAGCCUGAACCCACUGAUGCUUCAAACAAUUUGCCUGAAUAUCUCAAACAUAAAUUAAAAGCCAGGGGAAUUCUCAGAGAGGCUGCUACAUCCAACACGCAACAUGAACCAGCGGUUAGUUGGAAUAGACAGACAACUUUACCUUUUCCGACAAAUGCAAGCACCUUACCAUUCGGAUGGGUAGAUGCGAGAGAUCCUUCUACUGGUGCUACAUAUUACUAUAACCAGCAGACCGGAAAAACCCAGUGGGAAAGGCCACUUGAGCCAACUCCCACCGCUUCAAUUGCGCCACCUUUGGCUCCUAGAGAAGAGUGGAUUGAAACACUUGAUGAAACAUCUGGCCAUAAGUAUUACUACAAUACAAAGACACAUGUAUCGCAAUGGGAAGCUCCACGCUCUUUACAGAAGCCCGCUACCACAAACAUCGCUAACAACGCGGUCACUCAAGACACUGCUAGUGUGAAGAGCGAGCAUACGCCCUCUCAGCUUCCUAGAUGCAGCGGAUGUGGUGGCUGGGGAGUGGACCUUGUCCAGAGCUGGGGUUAUUGUGUCCACUGUACCAGAGUUUUCAAUCUCCCAGAACGACAGUACUUGCCAGCAAGCUUAAACAACUUCACAAAUGCAGGAGAAUCUGGGCCAAAGGAUCCAAAUCAGAGGUCCAGUUCAAAACCUCCCUUGAAAAAAGGAUCAGGCAAGAAACGAGCUCAUGCGGAGGAUGAUGAUUUGGACCCAAUGGACCCAAGCUCUUACUCAGAUGCGCCACGUGGUGGCUGGUCCAGUUCAAAACCUCCCUUGAAAAAAGGAUCAGGCAAGAAACGAGCUCAUGCGGAGGAUGAUGAUUUGGACCCAAUGGACCCAAGCUCUUACUCAGAUGCGCCACGUGGUGGCUGGGUUGUUGGACUGAAAGGAGUACAACCGCGAGCCGCUGAUACAACUGCCACAGGACCUUUGUUUCAACAGAGACCGUAUCCAUCACCUGGAGCUGUGCUGAGGAGGAACGCUGAGGUGGCAUCAUCGCAGAAGAAGAAACCAGGCUCUCAUUUCACGGAGAUCACAAAGAGAGGCGAUGGAAGUGAUGGUCUUGGUGAUGCUAUUCCUUUUCGUCUUGGACCUUUGUUUCAACAGAGACCGUAUCCAUCACCUGGAGCUGUGCUGAGGAGGAACGCUGAGGUGGCAUCAUCGCAGAAGAAGAAACCAGGCUCUCAUUUCACGGAGAUCACAAAGAGAGGCGAUGGAAGUGAUGGUCUUGGUGAUGCUGAUUGA